AUGACGGAGAGGAAAGAGUGGGCUGAUCUCCUCUGUUGUUUUGUCUCUACAACAACAACAACAACAACAACAACAAACGGGGCUUCACGACUGAGAGACCUGCUAGAAAACGUGCUUAACGAGGACGGAUUGAACUGGGGGCGUGUCAUCACCGCAAUGAUUUUUGCUUUGGAUGUACGUGUCAAGUUACACGAGUCACAAACGAGCCAAGAAAACGCGAUAUGCUCAGAGUUAGCCGAGUUGAUGUGCGUCAUAGCGGGGAGGUGGCUGUUACGACGCAGAGGGUGGAGUGGAAUGAUUGACGCUGCAGAGCCGUCGAUAUUAGUGACUGUUGUGGACAUUAUCUGUCUAACCAGCGUCACCGGAUGUGGAGGUGACCUGACGGCUCCUUCUGGAGGCCCUGUGACGUCACCUAACUACCCCAGUAACUAUGGCAACAAUGAGAACUGUGAGUGGUCGAUCACUGUACCAGAGGGAAGCAUCAUUCGCCUCACGUUUGACAGCUUCUACACUGAGAGGAAUUAUGACUUUCUCACCAUCUACGAUGGAGCCAGUGAUAAUGCUGCAGAGAUGGGAGAGUUAACCGGUGAAUACUGGCAAAUUAGCCCCAUCAUCAGCACAUCCAACACGCUGUUCCUGAGGUUUACAUCUGAUUGGAUUACCAGCCGUCAGGGGUUCCAGUUCUCUUACAUAAGCAGAGCUGCAGGUCAAUGCUGGGAUCCCGGUGUGCCGACCAAUGGGAACAGGGAUAACAACAGUAACUUUACAUCAGGACAGACAGUCAGGUACACCUGUAUGGACGGGUAUCAGCUGUGGGGGACUGCUAAUAUAACCUGCCAGCCGAACGGGACUUGGAGUGGUGCUGCACCAACUUGUGAAGUAACCAGCGGCACCGGAUGUGGAGGUGACCUGACGGCUCCUUCUGGAGGCCCUGAGACGUCACCCAACUAUCCCGGUAACUAUGGCAACAAUGAGAACUGUGAGUGGUCGAUCACUGUACCAGAAGGAAGCAUCAUUCGCCUCACGUUUGACAGAUUCUACACUGAGAGGAAUUAUGACUUUCUCACCAUCUACGAUGGAGCCGGUGAUAAUGCUGCAGAGAUGGAAAGGUUAACCGGUCACCAACCACACAUUAGCCCCAUCAUCAGCACAUCCAACACGCUGUUCCUGAGGUUUACAUCUGAUGGGAGUGCCAGCUAUCAGGGGUUCCAGUUCAACUACACAA